GCUCAGAGAGAUAUACUGAGAAAUGCCUCCUGGCUGUUUACAGCUGCUCAGACUCACAAGAUCUCCACAGAUUCAAUUAGAAUCUGACUGGGUUCUCUCUUUACAAAACACUAAGAUGUGCAAGAUUAUCCGUAUAGAUAAAUACCUUCUUUGUUGAGCCCCAAGACAGAGACAGUUAUGGUGACAGGGAAACACAUUCAAUGUAGUUUAAACAAGCAGACAGUACAUUAAACUGAGAAAGAUUCAUAAAUAUGUUGUUUUUACAUCAUGCUAAACACACAUAAUGCUAAACCAACAGGAUGACAUAACUCUACAAGGAUAUACUUAAGGUUGCAUCAUGAGAAACUAUUUUUGUAACAUUCUUACCCAAAACUGAAACCAAAUAGCUGGAGUAUUGCUCAGUCAACACAUUUCCCCUAAAAAUCAGUGGUUCCCAACUGGGAGCAAGCAGUAAAAGGGGCAUAACAUGGUCAUUAAAAAAAAAAUCUCUCAAGAUUAGAACGUUAAAGUUGUUUAUUGCCAAAUUCAGAUUUUUAUCGUAGUCUUCAAGAUAUUGUUCUUUAUUCUUCCUUCAAAAAUCUUACAGACUAGUUGAACAGGCCGAGUUAUCAAGUUUGUCAUGAAGAAUGUCAUUUUCUCAGUAAGUGAUCAAAAACAGCUUUGGUACAUAUUUAUUUAUUUGAUUUUUGUUUAAUGAACAAUACCUUCAAAUCAUUAAGAUUGAGCUGUAUUGACUCAAUCAGUCUAUCUUUACACUGAUAAAAACCUAAACCUAAAGAGGGCUGCACUUUUAUGAGAGCCAGACAUGUUAGAAUGGCCAACCUGGAGCUGUCACCCCUAAUAUUACAACAUCUAGUACAAAAGAAAAACAAAAGAAAAACAUUUAAUACGAGUAAAUAAAUUAGAAAAAAGAAUCCAUGUUUACUUGCUAUGAGCAAUGCCCAUUAAUUCAGUGGGCCUUUUGUCCUCAUAUGCCAGAGAUGUGAGAAUGCUGCUGCUCUCACUUUCCACAAGAACCCCUGGCACAGAGAGGCACUGACCAGCCCACACAAACAUGCCAGUAGUGCUUCAGAGUGCUUCACUCAUCUGCCGAGUGGACGGAGAGAGGAAAGGGGAGAGUACAAAAUAGAUGGAUGUUAGAAAAUGAGCAGUAGAGAGAGUGUGGUUUAUGCAGGAGAGGAAAAUGGACAGGAAGAGAGAGAGGGAUAGGAGUGACUCCAUCGAUAAGUGGAUCUAUCGUUGACCCGGCACUAUUGAAACUGAGUUUGAAGCUGGCUGUGUACAUCAUGGCAUGCUGCUGCUGCUGCUGUCCGAUUCCGUGCCUCAGAAACUGCUUCUUGUUUUCAGGUUGGUUCCACCCUGGCUUUCAUAGAUUUUUGACAUGAGAAGAAAGAGUAACAUUCACAGGGAGACAUCACAGUGUUUCUCUCAGUCAUGGGUAAUAGAUUUACCCAUGAAGCGAUAUCACCCGCUGAGUUUGAUGCCUUAUGGAAUGACCCUCCAUACACUUUAGCAGCCGUCAGUGAGCUCUUUUCGCCCAAUGACACCAUGACAGCCGAUGAGGAAGCGGAGGCUGAGGCUGAGGUGGAGGCAGAAAGCAUAAGCAGAGAGAUUUACUGGAGGAGGAAGCAAACAUUCAGCGGAAGCAGCACAGUAUCUUCAGCAGGAGAACGCUCUUCUCCAGAUGUUGUUUUGUUGUUUAGCGGGAGGCGACGAUCUGGUGUAGCACCUGACGGUGAGCUUCAGGAGGCGUUACGUACCAGACUCCGAGUAGUAGAGAGCAACAGCCAGGAUGUUGUCCAGCUCUUCAAGGAUCUGUCUGCAAGACUAGUGUCUGUUCAUGCUGAAAAAGACAGCUUUGUCAUCACUUUUAAGACUGUCGAGGAAAUUUGGAAGUUCUCUACUUAUUUGGCACUUGGAUAUGUAGCAAGAUGUCUUGAGAACUUUCUCUGUGACCAGUCGUUCUGGCUGGACCCUGCAUUGCUUAGUGAUGUGGAGAUCUGUGUAACAGCGGACGAAGACCACUUAGCUACUCUUUACUUAGGACUUCUGCUACAGGAAGGUACAUUCUUUGCCAAGACUUUAUACAAUAGUGAUUGCAAGGAGGAGGAAGAGGAGCUGACCUACAGGAGGAAUGACCUGGUGAUUGUUAAAGACAUAGGACAAGAGGCCAUUUGGGAAGGUACACUGCUGUCCACAGGCCAACACGGUCUAGUGCCUGUGCAUAAUAUGCAGCCUCUGCCCUAUCCAUUUUAUCAGUGGUUCCUUAAGAAAUAUCCCGGAAAUGCAGGAGGGAUUCUAGUUACAGAUGGCCUAUUCAAUCAUCCUGUUGUGGUUGGAACUUGUGUAGCAGUAGUGGACCAUUACCCAGUGGUUAAAGAUGAGCUGCACUUAUGCAAGGGAGACAUAAUCAAGAUUGAGGGAUUUCUUUUCAAUACUCUCAACAUGUUCAUAGGAAGACACUUUACAAGUGGAGAGAUAGGAUUUGUUCACAAGGCCAGUGUAAAACCUCAGAGUAUUGAGCCUAUCGAUGGACAAUUGGUCUUUCUCAGUGAGGAGGAAAGGGCAGCCCUGUGUAAACUUAACCCCUGCUUUGAGCCUUGCCAGUCUGAUGUACUGGCAAAUCUUUUCUCAACAGACAUAAGCACUGUGUAUAGACUGGAUAGACUUGAUGACUCUGAUUUCACUUACAUAAGAAAUCAUCCAAAAUCAGAGCAGAAAUCAACAGUGGAUCAAAGAAAGAGCACCGUAUCUGAGAAAAGUGACACAACUCCCUACCACUCGUCCCCUCGGCAAUCAUUCUAUGCCUCUCGGAAUCAUCUGUAUCAGGACUCUGAGGUCUUCUCCUUCAGCAUGGAAGACACCUUUAGAGAAAUGGAUGAAUAUGAGGAAGACCUUCCAAAUUUCAUGGAUGAGGGUAUCUGGGAGACAGAUGAAGCCGAGAGAUGUGACCCGAUCCUGACCCUUCUAAAUCUGGAAUAUUUUCAGGACACAUUUCAAACUCUUUAUGACCUCUCCUACUCUUUCCUGGACACUUUCUUCCAUGGCCUUCCAGAGGAUGAGGUGCUUCAACAUUUGGAAAACUUUCGAGAAGGAGCUAAGAAAUGCAGGAUGCUCUGGGCCCACCGGCGAACCUGCUUCCUUCUUGGCCGGCUAUGUGCUAAGAAACUGAAGUACUCGCAAGCACGAGUGUACUUUGAGGAGGCUCUAAAGGUCCCUGUAACUGGUUUUGAUGACAAGCCACUUCUAAUAGCCCUGUAUACCAAUCUCACUGCAAUUUACCUCAAACAGAAGAUGAAGGACAAGCUACCAUUUACACUAGAGAAGGCAAGUGCUCUAAUUAUGUGCCUUCCUUGCCACAACUUCUGCUCUGUGGAUGAGUUUGAGCUGCUCCAACCAAUCAUGCGCAAAGCCAUAGUUGAAAAAGACAAGUACCUAGAGGCACGGACAUGCUACCUCUCCCUCUGUCUCUUUCUCAGUCUAAGAAAAAUAGAGGAUGCUUUACCUUUUGUAGAGAGACUUCAGUUACUUAUCAUAACACUGUCUGCGGAAAAAGGGAGGCCAGUUGCCCCUGUUGAUCUCAAUUGGAUGCUGUGCAGGCUUUAUCAUAAAAAGUAUUUGCCCUACCUCACACUAGCUUCUUUAAGUUUAGACUCAGGGCAAGAGCAUUCCUUGGAUGAUGCAUUCCAGAAAAUUGAACUCUUUAUCAAAAACUCAGCCAGGCUUAAUCCUCACUGGAAGGAAAGUACUUCAGAGCUUCCUGCACAGGUGGUGGUCUACCUUCAACAGGCCUUGUCAAUAGCUAGUCAAGGGGAAGACUUUAGGACUCAGAGGGACCUGUGCCUCAGCCUGGCUAGUGUUUACCAGCAGCAUGGAGCUUUAGAGAAGGCUGUACCCUUUGCCCAGCAAGCAGCAAAGACUGGAAGUCAAAUUAAUGAAGAGGAGGGCUUUGAGGCAUCCGUACUGCUGGCCUGGCUAUUGGUGUUAACAGAUGAACCCAUGCAAGCUCAGAAUACUCUGCAACCUAUGCUUAAAUCUUUGGAUGAAACAGACAGUCCGACGCAGCGUGGUGUAGUCCACAACCUUCUAGCCCUAUGUCUCAGCAAACAAGGCAGAGUCCAGGAGGCAGCAAGAAACUUUUAUUGCGCUCUGCAGAUCUCCCGAGAGAAUGGGAACAAGCGUAAUGAAGCUCUAGCACUGGCAAACUUGGGCUGCUUGUUUCUGUCUGUCGGGGCUUCGGGCCUAGCAGAGUGUUUCUUGCUCAAUUCCCUGCACCUAUUCCAGUUUCUCUCAGACAGCCCCACAGAUCAGGAGCAUGUCCAGGUUUUGCUUUGGCUCGGCAGGAGCUACAAAGAUAGAGGAGGGAGUCAGGAAGUCAGACUAUGCUUUGAGAUGGGCCUCCUUAUUGCUAUUAGUGCCAACAAUCUGCACAGUCAAAUGGUUGUUGCAAAAGUUCUAAGUCGGCAUUACGCUGACUUGCUGCUGUAUGGACAGUGUAUUGUUUACUAUGAGCAUUGUGUGGGGCUGUGCAGAACCCUUAAGAAUAAACAGCUAGAAGGAGAGUACCUGGAACUUCUCAGCAACCUCUAUCUCUCACUCAACACUGAGAAGUCAUCAAGGAAGUCUCUUGAUUAUUCAAAGCAAAGCUUAAGGAUCUCCAUAGAUCUGGGGAAAAGACAGGAAGAGUCUGAGACAUGGCUUCAAGUGGGCCGUAUCUACUAUCUGAUCUAUGAAGAUGAGCUGGCUGACAUGUACCUACAGGCAGCAGUAAAGACAGCCCUGAGAAUGAAUGACCCAUGCUUUGCUAUGAGCAUUUAUGAGGAAGCAGGAGAUGUGUUCUUCAAAGGACACAGAAAUCAACUGGCUGCACUACCAUUUUACAGGGAUGGGAGUUUGCCAUUUGCACGCAGCAUAAAGGAUGUGCACUCAGAGUUCAGGCUGUUGAGCAAGCUCACAGAGCUCCUGAUGAAGCAGAAGCAGUAUGAGGAGGCACUGCAAUACGCCACACUCGCAGUGCAAGUCAGCGCCACAACUGGUGUUCCUCUGAAUGAGAGAGUGUCCUGCCAUCGUCUUGCAUCAGUGCAUUUCUCUUUAGGGAAGUAUGAGAUGGCUGAGAACUACUACCUUAAGUCUAUUUCAGUCUGCCCUACUGCUCUUGAACAUGCCAUUGAAGUUCGGUACUAUGUUAAAGUGUACUGCAGACUUGCUGAUCUGACCCUAUACAGAUUAAAGGAUGCAUUCGAUGCCAUGGGCUACUUCCACUUAGCCCUGGCGGCAGCUCUGGAGGACAAAGAAAGCCUUAGCACACUGUACAUAAUCUAUAUGAAGCUCGCAGAGAUCCAUGCCAACUACAUUCCCGAUGCUGAACUGAGUAAAAGCUACAUGGAAAGAGCGCAGAGUUUGAGGAAGGAACUGGCAGGAGACACAGACUCUUGUGACACAGAAGAAACGCAUCAGGACCCAGCUGAGGCAGAGCCUGACACUCCCACCAAAGAUCGGUCAGAGUCCAACAGCGGCACUAGUACUCUGACCGAGUCCAGCAUGACCAACACCAGCCACACAAUCAAUGCAGAGUCUGAGCACAUACUCUCUAACACAAGCCACAAAGACGACCCGAACACUAACAUAUCGGUGGAAACGGACACAGACACAGACCCUCCUGAUCAAACCAAGAGACUAGCAGUUUGAAGGAAGGCUUGACUGGUGUAUUGUGAAUAAGACACAUUUUUUUCUUUCUUUUUUUCUCCUUUUUUAAGCAAAUGUUUAAAAUUCCAUAAUAUAUUUUAUAUUAAGAGUUUCAAAAUGAUUUUUUUAAAUAUUGCAUAACUGUAAAUUAAUUAUGUACACGAAUGAAUGUAAAUGCAUAUCUGUAAAUAUGAUUGAAAAAAAAAUCUGUCUACCCUCCUUGAGGGUUCUAAAACCUUUACUUAAUUAAAACUUUAGAAAUUCUGUUACCAUGCAUGGGCAAAAUGCUGAUUGUUUAGCAUGUGCACGAUUACACAAAGCUAUGCAAUUUUUAAUUAAGUUGUUUUAACUAAACAGGCUAAAUGCUCGAAAUAAGAAAGAAACAGUACGAUUGAUGAUCAGCUGACUUUCUCGGACCACCCUGCUAAAACAAGCUGGUCCUCCAGAUUUGCUUUGAUUCAACAUCAAGAACAUCGGCCCUUUCUUUCAGAACAUGCUUCAAAACUCCUUGUUCAAGCUCUUUCUCUUUUCAGGCUGGACUAUUGAAAUUAUCUCUUGGCUGGUCUUCCAGCUAGUUCUGUCAAACCUUUAACAAUUAAUCCAAAACUGCAACCUACAUUUUUUAUGAGCCGAAUAAUAUGCACGUCACACCUCACAUUAGUUUGCACUGGCUACCAAUAGCUGCUUGCAUAAAAUUCAAGCCACUAACGUUUGCCUACAAAAUCUAUACUGGCUCUGCUUCCAUUUACCUAAACUCAUUACUUCAGACUUAAUAUGCUCGGUAGAUUCUGAAAGUGAACGUCGCAUGGAUAGAAGACAUGGGCUACAGUCAGUCAUUCACCGCCGGUGUGCUCACUAACCACUUAUUAAUCGUGUUUGAAAUGGCCAUUAAAGAGUUUUCAUAGACAACUUAUACAUGAAUCGGAAACAUGUUUACUUUAUGGUUACUUAUCUUUCGUCUAUUAUGGUUGUGUCCUUACAACCUCCGAAACCGUUGUAGCGUAGACCUUUACUCAAAAUAAACAUGUUGUGUUGUACUAAUUUUAUCAUCCACUAGAGGGAGAUAUAGGCCAAGGUGAUUCGCUUCACUUCCGAAUAUAUUCCUCACUUGUGACUAUAAGGUGAAAACUGAGCCGAUGAUUAAAGUGUAGCAUCCUUCAUAUAAAUAUUUUUUUAGUGUGACGAUAUUUUUAAAUACUUUCUUUGGAUGAAUUAGGCUACAAUAUUACUAUAGCAUGUUAAUUGUAGGCCUACUACUGUUAACCCGUAAAUUAAUAUAGUUUACUAUCCUUCAAACAAUUCAAAUUUAUGUUUUAUAUAUAUUUAUUUUGUUACCGACAAGAAUCCACCUUUCUUCUAAACGCGGAAGUUCCACAUCGUAUACCAGAAGCCUGCUGCUCUGUGAGUGUUUCAAUUAAUUAUAUUUCCUAACUUUGUUUUCUUAAGUGGCAGUUGGCACUACUCCUGGUCUCUCUCUCCUCCUGCCUCCCUCCCUUCGUGUGUGUGUGUGUGUGUGUGUGUGUGUGUGUGUGUUCUAUUAAUAAAAAAGCCUAAAUGUCUGCAUUUACAUCCGCAACCGGUUUUGCAGUUCUGGCUUUGUUGUCAACAAAGGAUAUCACAUGUCCUCUUACACAGCUGUGUUAAAGCUUCUUCAUUUAUUUUAAUGGGACCACAGUGAUGCCCAUUUGGGUGUUCAUGUCUGUCUGUCUGUUUGUUUGUUUGUUUGAAUUGUGUCUCUACACAGCUGAGUUAGGCUGCACUGAGGUGACUCUGUGCCUGCUUGAAAUUCUGUGCACAGACACAAGUUAGUCAGUGGUAGGCCACACAGCUCUGACCCACCUUAGCCUCUAGUAUCAACGUUGUUUAAACCAUCAAUUACAUAACAUUACUUGUAAAAACAGUUGAAAUUUCUGUGAAUGCAUUUGUCGCCUUUCAACAUUUCAAUUUUUCACUAUAAAUAUGCCAUUUCCGAUGCUGUAUUUUAUUAAAUUAUUUUUUAUUAAUAAAGCCUAUGAAAGUUUUAUUUAUUGGUUAUGCAUUACAUAUUUCGACUGAAAGUCCUAAUGAAGAUUUGUGACAUACCUAAGAUACAUAACUGUCAUUUAUAAAAUC